AUGCGGCCCCGUCGCCGCCCCUACGCGGCCCCGUCGCCGCCCCUAGCGGCCCCGUCGCCGCCCCUACACGGCCCCGUCGCCGCCCCUAGCGGCCCCGUCGCCGCCCCUACGCGGCCCCCUUUCCUACAGCGCGAUAGGGCGUACGGACUCUCCCUGUUCGAUCUCACCUCUGGUGCCUCUCCUGCCCCGCCUGCUGAUGCUGACAGCAUUGUCCGCUCACAGUGGGCCACCCGCGAUGCUGCUGCCCGUCUUGCUGUGCGUCGCCACUUACCGACCACUGAGCGUGCGCACUUUAGUCAGUACAAGAGCGCUAAGACCUUGUACGACGCUGUAGUUGCACGCUACUCUUCCCCUGCCACUGCUACUCUUAGCCGCCUCAUACUGCCAUACCUGUUUCCUAACCUCUCCGCCUUUCCCACAGUCGCUGACCUCGUCACGCACCUUCGCACUAGUGACACCCGCUACCGCGCUGCGCUUCGUGCUGAGGACCACUUCCUCUCUGUUUUCCCCACCACACUCGCCGUUGACCUCCUCGAGGAGCGCCUCCUUGCAGCUGAGAAGAGUAUAGUCGCUGUAGGAGCCUCUAGAGGUGACCCGCGUGCCCCUGUCUUUGAGGGGUGCUCCCCCUCCCCCCUUUUGCCCUCUGUUGCCUCUGCUGCUGCCGUCGACUUCGUUGGCACCGAGUCGGUCGGUGCUGCGUCUGCCCCUAGUGGGCGACGCCGCACCUGCAAGGGCAAGGGGGGCAAGAGCGCUGGAGGGGCUGGCGGGGGCGGUGGAGGUGGAGGUGGAGGAGGCGGAGGGAGUGGGGGUCGUGGUGGGAGUGGUGGCGGGGGUGGGGGCUUCGGUGGCGGCGGUGGCGGCGGAGGCGGCGGCGGCGGUGGCGGUGGGAGCGGAGGAGGAGGCGGUGGCGGCGGUGGCGGAGGUGGCGGCGGAGGAGGUGGAGCUAGUCGGGGUGGCUCUGCGCAGCGGGGCGGCUUAGGUGGUGGUCAGCGCCAGCAGCAGCAGCCCACUCGUGAGACCCCGUCCCCCCAGCAGCUUCGUGAGUGGUAA